AUGAGUGAACCAUUCGAUUUGUUAUCACGAAAAGAUGCGACUGAAACGUGUAAGGAUGAAGAAGCAAAUCUCAUAGGAUCACAGAAAACGGUGAAAGGAAAUCGUUCGUUCUCAUGGAAUGACCCGUUUCGAUUAGGACCGAAAUUUCAUAGAGUGAGUAAGAGAUUUCGGAAAAUGAGUUGUGUAUCGAAGACUGAGGAUGAAGACAUGCCAAUCGAGGUACCGAGGCAUAAAAGUAUUGAUAUAGGCGUGGGCUUAGCCCGGAGGGUGUCAUUAUUUAUUUUCACUAAACGGUCUGUUUGCUUACAUCCGUACCAUCCGUACACACCCAAGCAAACAACCAGGAAGAUUUUUCUUCGGAACGAUGAGAAACAAAAGCAUUGA